UUCCCAACUUUCGCCCUGUUCAAGGGUCUCCAUCUCACAUCUUCACCACCCCUCUUCCCUUCAGCUCGUUUCCCGAUCGACUGCCCCUCGCCUCUCCCCUCUACGAUGGCUGCUGAAGAGCCGACGAAUCCGGCUCCGGAGGGAGCUCCUCCGUCUCCUGCUGGCGGGAAUCAGCCCAAUUACCCUGAGAUGAUCAUGGCGGCGAUUGAGUCGCUCAACGACAAGAACGGCUCCAACAAGUCGGCCAUCUCCAGGUACAUCGAGGCCAGUUACAGCGACCUUCCGCCGUCCCACUCGACCCUCAUCGCGCACUACCUCAACAAGAUGAAGCUUAGCGGCGAGAUCGUCAUGGCGAAGAACAACUACAUGAAGCCCGACCCUAACGCGCCCCCCAAGCGCGGCCGCGGCCGCCCCCCCAAGCCGAAGGAAGCGCCGGCGCCAGCUGCGGUCGCUGCUUCCUCGCCGAGACCCCGCGGCAGGCCCCCUAAGCCAAAGGACCAGCUAGCCUCGCGGCCGCCGCCGCCUCCUAAGAGGGGCGGCCCCGCACCCACGGUGACCGGGAAGAAGAGGGGCCGCCCCCCGAAGGCCAAGCCCGCGGCCGCUGCCCCAGCGGCUCCUGUCCCGGCAGCGGCGGAUGGCAGUGUGGUCAAGAGAGGAAGGGGGAGGCCGCCGAAGGUGAAGCCAGCUGUGGCGCCAGUUGGAGCCUGAGGGCUAUAAGCGUCAUGACAGUAGAAAAGCUAAAGAAGAGAUAGUCCUUUUCCUUUUAGUGGGAUUAUUAAUUUCUUUUUUGUUUUUUUACUUUUUUUUAUUUAGUAAUUGUCAUCAGUGCUAAUGAUGUUGUUUGUAGCUUUUUUUUUCCCCCUUUAAGUAGGAAUUUUAAUUUUAAUGGUGAAGAGUGGUCCUUUAAUUAGAGAAGAGAGAGCAGUGUCAAGUCAAGAGAGGGGAAGGAGGGCUUUAAUUAAAUGGGAAUGUGAAUGUAAUUGGAAUGGAAGAUGGGUUGUACAUUUGUUGGAUCCACCGGCAAUGAAGGCUUUUUUCAAGCUUGGGUGUUC